CAAGUGAAAAGAUAAGAUUCAUAUAGCCACAAUCCAAAACAACUCAUGUUCUUAAAAUGCUUUCUCAUAAAAAAAUAAUUAUUAUAAAUUUCAAGAAUUCAACUUCCUUUUAUUUCAUCAUACAAAUCAUAAACACUAAUGAGUUCUAAGAUAAAUUUCUCAAGUCCACCAAUACCAUGCAAAUUUCAUACCAAAAAAUCAAAUCUUAUAAGAAAAAACAUUAUCAUCUUCUCUUCCUUUUCCUCAAGUGAAAACCAACAAAAAACCAUUUCAACAAAAUUUAAAACUCCAUCAAAUGAUAAGGCUUACACUAUUAGUUUCAAGACAAAAAGUGCUUGCAAACUUGGAAUUUCAAGAUAUCCUGAUUUUGUAUAUGAUGCUGAAGGAGGAAUAGGAAAUGGUUUUGGUGGAAAAGAAACAAAAUAUGAAGAUAACAAUGAUAUUCUUGUUUCAUUUGAUAUUGAAACAUUGUAUAUUCCAUCAUUAACAAGCUCUACAACUAAGUUUCUUGGAUUGCCAUUGCCACCAUUUUUAAGGAUUGAUAUUGUUCCAGAAACAUUUCAAGGAAGUAUUAAUCAAGAAUCCGGUAAGGUUGAUCUUGAGUUCAAGGCCAAGUUCUUGUUUUCUGCUGGUAGUAUCUACAAAGCACCACCCUUACUUGUAAAGACAGUGUUAACAUCUGAAGAAUCAAAAGGGACUAUGAAGAGUGGAAGAGGCAUGAGAUUAGGUGAAGAAGGAAACUGUAGACUAGUUGGUGUUGCAACAGUUGAUCCUAUUGAUGAUUUCAUUAUGAAUUCAUUCCUUGGUUUACCAACUGAGUGUCUUGCUGAAUUAAAUGCUGUAAUCUCCAUUUCUUCUUCAUCAUAAGAUAAGAGUUUAACUCUCAUUGCAUAAACUAGAUACAAAACUUCAUGUAUUAUACCUAGAUUAAAAAUAUAGAAAAAUGAGUUAUUAUACUAAGAUAGGAAUAUGCAAAGCUGGAGCCAUGACUUAUGUCUAUUUUCUUCUCAUUUUUUUGAACAAUUCUAAUGUAUCAUUCAAAAGGAAGAGUGUAUUACCAUGACAGUCACACACCACACUACGACAAUGAGGACCUGGAUUUUGUGCAUUCGAGAAACCGUGCAGUCAUGCAGUUAGGAAGUUUCAGACCGUCCGAUCUUGAUUGUAGCAUCAAAAGCAACUACAGAGAAUAUAACUAAUGGGCACAUAUAUUUGUUCCUCUUAUAUGUAGCAUCAAAAGCAACUACAUCACCAAAAACAUUGUAAUCCCUUUGAGCAGCACCGUCACACCAAAACAAAUGUGUAAGUCUUCCAUUAUCAUCAAUCUUAUGCCUCCAAAACAUAUUAUCGUCA